GAGCUAGGAACAGAGAUGAUUAUCACCAAAACGGGAAGGAGAAUGUUCCCAACUCUGCGUAUCUCCUUCUCUGGAUUUGACUUUUGUUCUUCAUCAGGCUUGUCCACCAAGUACGCGGUACUGCUGGACAUUGUGCCAGUGGACCAAAAAAGGUACAGGUACGCUUACCACCGAUCGUCGUGGUUGGUAGCUGGGAAAGCAGACCCGCCGUCUCCUGCUCGUCUGUACACGCAUCCAGAUUCACCCUUUAGUGCCGAACAACUGCGGAAACAGGUGGUUUCUUUUGAAAAGGUGAAACUGACAAAUAACGAGAUGGACAAACAAGGACAUAUCGUGCUUAACUCGAUGCAUAAGUAUCAACCCCGCAUUCAUCUGAUCCGUCUUCGCACAGACUGCCAUGUUGCUCCCAUCGUAACAGACCUGGAAAAAGAAAGAUACAGAACGUAUAUAUUUCCAGAAACGGUAUUCACAGCAGUGACAGCGUAUCAAAACCAACUAAUAACGAAACUAAAAAUUGACAGCAAUCCCUUUGCUAAAGGAUUCAGAGAUUCUUCUAGGCUUACGGAUCUGGAGAGAGAAUCUGUGGAGACGCUGCUCAGAGAACACGCAUUUCGCCACUCUCCCUUCCGCUCUCUGAUGACUGGAGAAAUGACUCCGGAACAGCAUGCUCUGGCUAGUGCAGCUGCUCUGGGAAGGAUACCAUCAAGUAGUGAACUACUGCUAUUGGCAUCUCAAGGUUCCUCGCCGUGGAAAUUUCCCGGCAUGCCUGCCCUUGGAAUGGCAGACUUGAAUGCUCUAAUGGCUUCCACCAACCCCCAACAAGCUGCCGCUCAAUUCGCCAGCUUUUACUUCGGUUUGCCAAGAACUUUCUUUCCAACAAGUAUGUCGCCCCAUAUAGGCACUGGAAACCCAAACGCUACGUCUCCCGUUGGUCCAGCAGAUGUUUCUGGUUCAAUUAGGACUACCCCUUCUGGAUAUCCCCAACUGUCCGGCAGUGCUGCAGCGACCCAAGCGCUUUAUAACACCAGACUUCACUUAUCUGGUCUGUAUCCGGGAUUGAGAUUUCAUCCGUAUUUCCAACCGAGGCUGCUGCAUCCGAUACCAUUGACGAAAACUACAUCAGAUUCCAAUUCCGAUUGUGAUAGACUGAGUCCGAACACUUGA